AUGCUGGUCCUGGCCCACACCCUGUAUCGGUUCCAAGUGCUGGCCAACACGCUGGAUGACUCGAUUGGGUACGCAUACCGCCCUGACACUAGAAAUUCGUUUGAUAAGCUGGCGCGUGAGCUUGAGCUCGGCUGGCAGUGUGCCUCGGGCGCCCUCGUCGAGCAGCUGGCGGCUACGCAUCCGCGUGGCGCUCCCCUCCCCCCCCUCCCGCACAUCAUGCUGGGCCAGCCCUCGUUUUCCUUCUCGGGUCUUCGCUCGGCCUCGACGCGGCUUAUUCAGGCCGCCGGUGGCGCGUCGCACUUGACGACUAGCGCCAAGGCAGCGCUGGCGCAGGCCUUCCAGGAAGCUGCAUUUGCUCCCCUCGAAGAUAAGGUCGUACGCGCGCUUUCGAUUGAUCCUCGGCUGCGCGGCUGGCGCUUGGCCGACUCCAGUCCCGUGCCGCCCACUGCCAUCCACAGCGUCGUGUGCAGCGGCGGCGUCGCAUCCAAUGCGUACCUGCGUGAGCGGCUACGACACGCGCUGGACAUAGGCGGCCGUCCCGAUGUGGCUCUGCACUUCCCCCCGGUCUCUUUGUGUGUGGACAAUGCAGCGAUGAUCGCAUGGGCGGGUCAUUUGUACUGGGACGACCGCACAAGUGACUUGACACCUCAUGUCGUC